AUGGCGCUCACGUACACGACAAUCCCACUUCAAGUAGAAGGCGUGAACCUCAACCUCUCCACAAUCCACAAACUCAAUGCCAACCCUCCAAUCCUGUUUCUGCAUGGUUUCGGUUCCUGCAAGGAAGAUUUGGCCGACAUAGUUCUAAACCCUGCAUUGAAGAAUUAUGGAUAUCUCGCUUUUGACGCCCCGGGCUGCGGACACUCCCAAAGUGACGACCUUGCCACCACAGAUAUCUCUUUUCUCGUCGCGACAGCAUCUGCAGUUCUUUCGCACUUCCAAAUCACCAAAUUUCACCUGAUGGGUCACUCUAUGGGCGGACUUACCGCGCUACUUCUUGCCCACAAGUAUCCUGACCGAGUCUUGAGCUUCGUGGACAUCAAAGGCAAUCUUGCGCCAGAGGACUGCUUCCUAAGCCGGCAAAUCUUCAACUUCCCUUCCGAUCACCCAGAGGACUUCCUCGAUACAUUUAUCAUUCGUACUCGGGAGACAAAAUCCUUUGCCAGCCCCCUAUAUGCUAGUAUCUUACGCGCGCGGGUACAAGCUGGCGCUGUGCGUCCAAUCUUUGAGUCUAUGGUGCGACUAUCGGAUAAUGAGGACCUGCUCGGAAUGUUUUUGGGACUGGAAUGUCCUAAGAUUGUUCAUGUUUGGGGAGGAGAACAGCGGGCUGUCGUACUUAGGGCGCCUAGAAAAGGAAUGGUGUGGAAUUGGCGGAGAUUCUGCAAAGUGGCCAUUUCCCUAUGUAUUCCAACCCAGUCGAGAUGUGGCGGCGAAUUGCAGUAUUUUUGA